AUGGAUCCCGCAUUUGCGACGGCGUCAGUUGAAGAUGAGGAGGAGGACAUGUGCCGGAUUUGCAGAAACCCAGGCGACGCGGACAAUCCGCUUCGGUAUCCGUGCACCUGCCGCGGGAGCAUCAAAUUUGUUCACCAGCCUUGCCUCCUUCAGUGGCUCAACCAUAGCAAAGCUCAUCACUGCGAGAUUCUCGCAGACAACAUGAUCUUCCUUGGUUUUGUCAUCUUUGUGCCUUUCACAUUAGGACGGGUUACAUUGUACCUUGUGUCCUGGCUGUUUGCUGCUGGUAGUGGCCCUGUUGUGACUGCAUCAAUGCAUCAUUUUACAGAUGUCUCAGGUUUGACUAACGAGGGCCACGGAAAUCGGUUGCUUGGUCAGCUCACAGAGUACUUGAUGAGAGUCAAUGGAAGUGAAUUGCAUGGAGCUAUUAAUAUACUAUCUCUUGCUGCUGAUCUCUUGAAAGGUUCUUCUGCUGCUGGGGCCUCAAAGCUAGUAUUUGAUGUUACAACUCUGACUGUUGGGUAUAUGUUUAUAGUAUUUCUGAUGUUUCUUUACCUUGGGGUCGUUGCACUGAUUCGAUAUGCCAAGGGUGAACUGACGGUUGGGAGAUUUUAUGAUAUCACUGUACCAUCUCUCAUUAGACAGUUCUUGGCAGCAAUGACGCAUCUGAUGAAUAUGAACAAAGUUGCUUUUUUUUUAGUCUUCGAGUUUGGGGUCUUCCCUAUUAUGUGUGGUUGGUCACUAGAUGUUUGCACUGUUAGGAUGUUUGGUAAAACAAUAUCCCAGAGAGUACAGUUUUUAUCAAUAUCUCCACUGGCAAGCUCACUUGUUCAUUGGGUUCUCGGUCUCAUGUGCACCUUCUAUAUAAACCUCUUCGAAAGCCUUCUUGGAGAGGUUCUUCGCCCUGAACUUUUGUAUUUCCUUGAUAGUCUUGACGAUCCUAAUGUCGAAUUUUUCCAAGAUUUGAUUGAUACUCCAGUACGUAAGCAAGCUCAUAAGGUUCUGUUAGUAGUUGAAGUUUAUGGAAGUUUGAUUGUCAUGCUGCUAUGUUUACCACUCAAAUUUACGAUCCUGAUAGCUCCAUCAAUCUUCCCAUUCAACAUAUCUAUAUCUGACCCAUUCACUGAGAUUCCAGUCGACAUGCUUCUGUUUCAAAUGUGCAUAGAAUUUCUUAUCGAGCAUUUCAGUCUCUCUACCAACAUUACAUCCUUUUUACGCUGCUGGGUCACCGCGGUUGGUGGGGUGCUUGGUUUGACAGGCUUCCUCUUGCCAAAACCAGAGGACAACAUUGGUCAGGACAAUGGAAAUGACGAACCAAGAAGGCAGAUUAGAGCACGAGUAUUGCAGGUAGGUGGAUCAGACAGGCCCAUGGCUGCUCUUCCAGCAGCUGAUGACCCUAAUAGAAGUAUCCUCCGCGCUGGGAGUGGCAACACGGGUGAGGAAUAUGAAGAUGAUGGAGAACAAUCUGAUUUAGACAGGUACAACUUUGUGGUCCGGAUAAUCCUUCUUCUACUUGUUGCAUGGGUGACUCUUCUUCUCUUCAAUUUAGCACUGAUAGUUGUACCAGUUUCACUUGGACGUGCUCUGUUCAGUGCCAUCCCACUUCUAUCAAUAACUCAUGGCAUCAAAUGUAAUGACCUGCUUGCUUUCUGCAUUGGGACAUAUGCCUUUUUGACUACCAUAUAUGGGGCUAGGCACACUAUCGAGCAUGUCAAGUCGAAGAGUCCUUCAGUCUCGCUUAAACAUAUAUGUAUAUGGUGUGGAAUUAUCUUCAAGAGCUCGGUGUUGUUAGCCAUAUGGGUUUUUAUCAUUCCGGUACUAAUUGGACGUCUGUUUGAGCUGUUGGUGAUUGUCCCAAUAAGAGUCCCAGUUGAUGAAAGCCCUGUAUUCGUUCUGUAUCAAGACUGGGCACUUGGACUCAUGUUUUGGAAGAUCUGGACAAGACUGGUUCUGUUAGAUCAUAUGCGUCCAAUAGUGGAUGAUAGCUGGAGGGCAAAGUUUGAGAGGGUAAGAGAAGAUGGCUUCUUGAGGCUUCAAGGGUUAUGGGUACUUAAAGAGAUUGUGUUCCCGAUCGUGAUGAAACUCCUAACAGCUUUAUGCGUGCCUUAUGUACUGGCGAGAGGAGUGUUCCCAAUUCUUGGAUAUCCGGUAGUUGUGAACUCGGCUGUUUACAGAUUCGCAUGGAUAGGUUGUCUCUCGGUGAUGCUCUUGUGCGUCUGUGCAAAGAGAUGCAUUGUUUGGUUCAGAAACCUUCACAACUCUAUCCGUGAUGACCGUUAUCUCAUUUGUCGGAGACUCAAUAACUUUGGGGAAGCUGCUUUGGCUAACCAAAAACAAAGCAGUGAGGAUGCAGGAGAUGGUGGUGUCUUGAUAGGACGUGAGGGAGAUGUUGAUAAUAGACUAAGGCUUCGGCGUGCAACCCAACAAGAAGUUGUUUAGA